AUGCCUUUCGUUCCAGGAGUGAUCCCACCGCGGGUCGACAGCAGACAGCAACCCAAGAAGAGUGCUGCUGCCUCAUUUGAAAUCCAUCGAGGAUGGUGGGAAUCACCAACAGGUGCGGUGAAUGCACCACUCCCUCUACCUCGACCCACAGCUCUCGAUGCCAAGGUCCAGAAACAUCCCGCUCGCAGCUCUAGCUACCAAGCUUCAAGUCUCGCCCUAGAGACCAUGACCGGAGGCCUCACGAAGCCAAAGCGCAAAUUUACCCGAUGCAAAACCGGCUGCUUGACAUGCCGUGCUCGACGGAAGAAAUGUGACGAGACCAAACCGAUUUGCAAUAAUUGCGAACGCCUCGGGUUGGUCUGCAAGGCAGCUUGGUCAUCGACGGCCGCCGAGACACAACCGGCCCCAUUACCUGCCAACCUCGAACGCCCGCUGCCCUCCAUCCCGCACAUCGCCUCAUUCGAUGAGACCGUCCGCAUUUAUCUCCCGGUGGAUUUGAAAAUCGAUUCGAACGUCAAGAAGAGCCGCAGAUACGGCUCGCCUUAUUUUCCGCUCGGACCGGUGAAAGGCCAGCUGCAAAAAGAGCAAGACAGAAAUUCACUGCGCAUUCAGCUGGCGACGCCAGUGGCGGACAACCGACUCACAGCGCUGGAGUGGCCGUACAAUGCAUCGGAGAUCCAGCAGACCCCACCAUUGCUGCAAGCGGGUCACACAUCCUCUUCGAGCUCCUCGUUAUCGGGGUCAUCGUGGGGAAAGACUCGACGGACCAACGGUGUCAGCGAAGACGACAACGCCAGCUACUAUUCUCAGAGCACCAUGUACUCCAUCAGCGACACGGCUGCAUCGGAGAAGGUUGCGGAAAUUAUGACCAUCAAGCCUGCUGGGAAAGCAACAGUGAUCCAGAUCUCGGAAUUGCUUACCACAAAUGCGGCUUGA